UCCCGGCCCGCAGCGGCGUUUCGGGCGGCCCCGCGGGGCGCCCAUGGGGCGGGGGCUGCGCGGCGCCGGCCGGCCCUAGGCUGCACGCAGCAUGCCGGCGCUGCGCCUGCUGUGGUUCGGCUGCCUGUGCAGCCUGUGCCUCGGGUACUUCGAGGGUCCGCUGUACCCCGAGAUGUCCAACGGCACCCUGCAUCACUACUUCGUCCCCGACGGGGACUACGAGGAGAACGACGACCCCGAGCGCUGCCAGCUGCUCUUCAGGGUGAGCGAGCAGCGGCGGUGCGGCGCGGCGGCAGCGGGCGAAGGGCUGAGCCUGCGGGAGGAGCUGACGGUACUGGGCCGGCAGGUGGAGGACGCGGGUCGGGUGCUGGAGGGCAUCGGCAAGAGCAUCUCCUACGACCUGGACGGGGAGGAGAGCUACAGCACCUACCUGCGCCGCGAGUCCGCCCAGAUCAGCGACGCCUACUCCAGUUCGGACCGCUCGCUGAGCGAGCUGGAGGGCAAAUUCCGGCAGGGCCAGGAGCAGGGCGGCCGCGAGGAAGCCCGCUUGGGCGACAGCUUCCUGGGGCUGCUGCUGCACGCCCGCGCCCUGCUCCGCGAGACCCGUGCCAUCUCCAGCGGGCUGCGGGACAAGCACGACCUGCUGGCCCUCACCGUGCGCAGCCACGGCGCCCGCCUCAGCCGCCUGAAGAACGACUAUCUGCGGGCCUGAGCCCGCAGCCUGCAGCCCAGGAUACCCCCCCCGGCCGCCCCGAAAACGCGUAUUUAUUGUAUAGGACCUCCCGAGUGAACGGCAGGUUUGUGUUGAGUAGAAGGGUGGAGGUACGUCUAAAAAGUUGCCCCGUAUCGUAGCGUGCAACGGACGGAGCGUUCUCCUCUUCCAGCGUCGGCUCUCGGCUCGCCGUGACACCCGCGUGUGCAGCAGGAGCGCAGACUCCUCCCGUUGUUACUGUCGUUCGGGGCGAACCCUCUGUUAACUCCUAACCUUGUGUAACGGCAUGUAUUGUACUCAUGUAAAGCAUUGUUCUGCUGCGUAACUCCAAACUGCGACUUCAUCUGCAUUCGGGAUAGCCGGGAUCUUAUUCUGGCAGGGUCUGUGCUCCUCGCGGCUUUGCUUAUCGGUGGCUCUAAGCAAUUGGAGCCCCAGAGCCAGCCAAAAAGGCUGAUGUCAGAUCCCAGGAAUGCCGGUUUUAUAGCAAGAAGAAGGAGCCCUAGCGGUGAUUGCAGUUUCAGGUCCCAAAUUCAGAGCCUGGUUUCUCAGAGCAUGUUUCUAAAGCAGACAGAAGGUUUUGGUCUGUUCCAGUGUAGCGACGUUUCCCAUUGGUGCCUUUGUACUUUUGCUAGCUAAGCUAUUAAUAAACCUAUUCGUGCUCCUGGACAAUAGCAGAAGUGCCUGGUGGGGAGGAGGGGGAGGAUUGUUUGGGUUCUCACACUCCUUGCUAUGUAAUCUUCAACUUGGGGUAAUGUGGCUACUGGAUUACAGACAGUGCAGGCAGCAUCGCUGCUUGGAUGAGAGAAGUUUGUGUUGUUUUAAUAAACGUUUGAAAACCGUGUUAAGGCACGCUGUUCUUGUACCCUUCUGCUUGAGACGCUCUUGACUUAAAACAUGCUGGUGUAAUGUGCCUCUCAGCAAAAAAAAAGAAAAAAAAAAUGUGACUGUGAGCAUGUAGAUCCUGCCAAACUAAAUAACUCGCUUUUUAGUGCAAACAAAUAAAAGUUUACAGACUCAA